AUGACUUGCCCCAAAUCAGGCAGAUGUUUCUUUUCCGGGGCUCUCCAGCUUUCCCCCCUGAGCUGGCUGCAUAGCGGCAGUCUCAGGGCGAGGCUGGGGGACCAGGGCCCUCAUCCUGCUCUGCUGACUGCCUUCCCUCCCUGUGCCAGGAGCAGCAGCGUCUGCGAUAGAGUGGAACAAGAUAACGAAGAGCUCCAAGAGGCUGGGUGCCCCAGGAAGAUACCGGAAUUAGAGUGCCCAGGGGAGCCCCCGGUGGGGUUGGCGGGGGGGAACAGGGCGCACCAGCCGCCCGUGGCAGCGCACCAGAGCGAGGAGCAGGUGGAGCCUGAGCUCCCAAGGACAUCAAAGGGUCAUGACCUGACCGCUUGCCCUGGAGCCCAGGGGAGGCAAUCACCCACUGGGGACCCCCGCAUUGUCUUCCUGAAGACCUACCAGCACAGAACUCCCCUGGGGGACAAGAAGCAGAUGGAAGCAGCUGACCAGUGGGUCUGGUUUGAGGGGUUGCCCACACGAAUCCACCUCCCAGGGCCUCGGGUGAUGUGCAGAUCAUCCGCCCUGCGCUGGGUCAAGCGCUGCUGUACCCGCUUCUGCUCUGCAUCACUUGAGCUACCUAUGUGCCAUCCAUACAGAGUAUGACAACACCACCGCCCGGCCGGGGUGAGACACAGGCAGAAGCCAGGCUUGGAACUGGGCCCGAGUCAGAGGCUCAGGAUCCAGACUC